AACACAUAGGUGUCCGUUCAGUCCCUCACUUAAAACAAAGCAAUAUUAUAUUUUUUUGUAAGUUGAAAAAUGAAAUUUCGAAGUCUUCAGAGAUCGACACUGAUUUGAUAUAAUCAAUAGAGAUUUUCUUUUGUGUUGUGCAUGUUUGCUAGAGUUGGGCACAUUUUUGUGCACUCUCCGUGUUGAAGGAAAGGUUGUGGCGCGAGACUCAAAUGCCGUUCAGAUGAAAACCCAUUUUUGACAAAGAGUCUUUCCAGUCUCCACCAUGAAGAGCUCCAGGCCCGCUCCCCAGGAGCAGUGUGGUGUUUGGUUGGACCCUGUGGAACUGAAAUCAAAAGUGAAAAAAAAGCAGCCAUUCCGGCCCAUUUCUAACCUGCUGAACCCAUUGGCUGGAGGUGAUAGAUACAGUUUGGCCGUGGCGCUAAACUUCACUCAAACCAAAAUCGAAAUGCCAAAUGUCAAACAGAGUUCUAUAUCAUCCUUCUUUACUGCCCAACGCAGAGUUCUCAAGAAGAUGUCUUCAUCUGAAGAUCUACACAUUUAUCAAACUUCUUCCUCUAUAUCCAAUCGGGACUCCAGCAUCUCCACCACGGGAGCUCCGGGGACGAAGAGAAAACAUGAAGUGGUUGACCGGAUACCCGACGUCAAGUCCCAGGCCAAGGCUGCCUGCACUGAUGUGGACAGGACAGGUCCUGGACACCAGUGGAUGGGUCAAAGUGGUCAGAAGACUGAUCCUAAAGACACGGCUCGGCAUGAGUACAACAGCACCCUGCCGUGGGACAAUCAGUGCCGAGAACAGGAAGCAGAAGAGCUGCUUAGCCAACCAAAAAGGAUGAAGCUGCACCCUGAAACCUUUUCAGUCUACACAGUUGGGGUUGACCCUCACAUAGAUGAACUUAGUCAGAAGCCAUUGAGUCAGUUCUGUAGUUCCCAAAACAUCCAGAAACAAAUUAACCGCAUCGAAAACAAAAUACCAGAUUUCCUUCCUCCCGUUUCCCAGCGUGACUUUGCCUUGAGCAACGAGGAGCGGCCCACACCGGGGCGCUGCAGGGACACAGGGGCGGAUAUCCCUGAAAGCUUGACUCAAAGUGAAAGUGGCUUUGGGGAUGUUCUGGGGUCAGCAGGUCGAACAUCCACUCAAAAGCCUUUCGAGCACACAAACGCGUCUCAGAUCAAUGAGGAGAAUGACCAAUACCGUUUGACAUGUUCACAAACUCAAUAUGAACCCCAGGUCCCAGCAACACCUAAACCUCUUGAUACAUGUACAGAGCCAAAAUCAAACCCUUUGAAGCAUCGUGAAACAGAUCAGGUCCGGGCAACGGCGGAAGAACAUGACAUUUUUCCAGAGCGUGCUUCCCUGAAACCAAAGGACUCUCUCGGUAACAAGUACCGGGUCCCAGACCCCCUGCCCAAUAACCUCCAUGGGAACACUAUAGAUCUGCUGUUCACUCAGGACUCUGAAGGCCUCCGGGUCAUAGCCCACCGUGGUCCAAGGGCCCCCAGGAACCCCCUUAAGGAUCACACCAACCUGGGCCUCACAUGGGAGCAGGGGACUGGAGCUCAGAAAUAUGAGGUGUAUGAGGAGGAGGAAGAGAUGCUCUUCACUCAAGAUUCUCAGGGAAAUAUGGUCAUCAAACAUUAGGUGCUCAAUAUCAGAUUUUCACUUACGACAAACGUCACUUUUAUGGUAUUCCAUGGUCAUAAAGAGUUUUGUGUAUUUUCUGUUUAGUCUUCUUCGAGUCGUACUUGAUACGAUGAUCAUGAAAAGCUAAUGUGUCAACAUUUGCAAAGCUAACUGAAUUUGUUUAGGCUCAGAGUGAUUUAUUGUUGUCAAAAUAACCCCCUCUUGUUUGACUACUGAUGUGUUUUAUCUUGCUGAAGGAGCUUUUUGUCCAGUACCUGGGUGUGUUCUCAUUCAACAAUGGAUCUGACAAAGGGUCAAAGUCGCUCUCAUAGUGAUAUGUUGCUUAAUUAUCAUCCCCUUAUUUUGUAUCCACAUAUAUAUGAUUAAAAAUCUGCCUGAAUCAUUGUGUUAUUACAAGCACCAAUGUAUGAGAUCAUUCUUGUCUUGUCUGCAAUCCUCUUCUCAGUAGUUUUUUUUAAUUCCUCUUUGUUCUGCCUCAACUCUUAUAGUAUGAAGUCUGUAGGGUAAGGUUACACUUAUCUUACCCCAUGUUGCAAUUUUUUAUCAUAAAAUAUCAGGCUGUGACGAAGGUGAAUUCAAAUUUAUUUGAAAAAAGAUUACAAUUACAUGAUUAUUGAUGCUUAAUUAAUAGUUGUAUAAAGCACUGAAUGGUUGCAUGGCCCAAGUGCAACUGCACUGAUUUUACCAGACAAACUUACAUAAACCAUCCAAACAUUCAUAGGUCGACAUGUGAAGGCCAUAGGCAGGCGGACUCGACUGCACUGAUGUUACCAGACGAACCAACAGACCAUCCCAACAUUCAUUGGUCAACAUGUGAAGCCACAGACAGACCCACUGGUUACGUAGACUCAUAAUUCUCACAGAAAUAUGUGAUACCGGUGUUGAGAAAUAUGGCUUACGCUACUUCUGUACUGUUCUUUCUACAUAUUUUUCUCCUUCAUUUGAGUCAAAUCAUUAGCAUCCAAUGAUAAUAUAACGUUUCAUCAUAUCUUUAAAAAA